AUGAGCUGGUGUUUAAAGCUUUCAAGAAUUGAAUGUAAUAAGAUGGGCUGUUUCACAGUUUUGAAGAGCAAAAAGAAAAGGCCUGAGCCUUCUGUUUCCACCAAGCGUGUCAGUCCUAAGGAGCAAAUACCAACUACUCUGCCUGAGCCCCAGUUCGCAACUCGGUCAUUGCAGUCGGCACCCCCUAGUUUUAGGACCAGAGUGAAGCCUGUUCAACCAGAAAACAAAGUAACUAGCAAUAGGGCACGGGCAUUAUCAGCUCCAGAAAGCCUUGAUGCAGCCGAACAAGAUGCUCUUGCAUCAGCUGAAUAUGAAGAGCAUGAAGAGUCAAAAAACCGAGUUGGAAUAGCAAAGGAGCCACGGCUACCAGGUCCACAACCUCUUCCACUCCCAUCACCUCAGGGUAGUGCUGUACUGAAGCCAAUGAGUAGCUUUAAAUCAGUGAAUAGCAGUGGCCCUCUCUAUUCUUCUGGGCCAUUGCCACUGCCUCCUAGUGGUACAUUCAGUGGAACAUUGAGAAACUUUUCCUACGAAGAAAUUCUAUCCGCUUGCCGUAAUUUCUCUUCAGAUCGAUGUGUAUCUGAAGGUCUUUCAUCCAUAAUGUUCAGAGCUUCCUUUGGGGAUGAUGCUUCAAGUUUGAAGAAGUUUGAAGCUAGUGUUACUCGCCUUAAUUCAUCCCCUCAGGGUUUAAAAGAAUUUAUAAACGAGGUUAAUACCCUUGCAUCUUUGCAACAUCCAAACUUAUGCAAAUUGCUUGGUUAUCAUGCACGUGAUGGCUCAGACCAGAGAAUGCUGGUCUAUGAGAGGCUUUAUCAUGGAAGCUUGGACCGGCUACUGUAUGGAAGAUCUGAUGGGCCUCCCAUUGAUUGGAAUACCAGGAUGAAAAUUGCUUUAUGUGCUGCACAAGGUCUUGCUUUCUUGCAUGAAGAAGGGCCUUUCCAGGCAAUGUACAACGAGUUCUCUACUGCCAACAUACAAAUUGACAAAGACUUUAGUGCAAAGCUUUCAGGAUAUGGUUGUGUUGGCCAUAUUCCUGAAACAGAGAUCUCUACCAGUUUAGUGGCUGCAGCAAAUCUCUCAGUAGAGACAGUAGAGAGAGGGCUAUUGACUCCAAAGAGCAACGUAUGGAGCUUUGCAAUUGUCCUUCUUGAGCUACUCACUGGCCGGAAGAAUCUUGAUAGCCGUCAUCCUAGAGAAGAGAGGAACUUGGUUAAGUGGACCCGACCUUUUCUAGCCGAUGAUUGCCGACUAUCACUGAUUAUGGAUCCUCAACUAAAAUGCCGUUUCCCAGCAAAAGCAGCCCGGACAUUAGCUGACAUUGCUUUAAGAUGUCUUCAGAAGGAUCCAUUGGAAAGACCAACCAUGCGAACCAUUGUAGAGCAUCUCAAAGUCAUACAGGACAUGAAAUACUCCAGUCGCUUUCCUCUGCAAGAGCCAGCUGCAGUUGCUGGAAAACAAAUGUCCAGGUCACCUAGCCUUAAUGGGAUCGUUACCCCAGCGCCCAGGUUAAGUUUCUCACCGUCCCCACCGUCAAGAGCCCGGCCAUCCAUUUCACCGACUAGGCCUCGUGCUUUGCCGCAGUCUCUUCCCCCUCGUGCCUGUUCUUCAACUCUCUCUCUAGAGGAACUGGAACGGCAAGAAAGCAGGAAAUCAUCAUCAUCAGCUGUUCGAAGGCCAAGUGUUGAAGGAUUUUGA